GUACUGACUGUUGGUAAUUAUGUAUCCAUUGCGUUUGAUUUAUUUUCAUGUAGCUUUGAUUUUUCUGAUUUCCUUACCAGCAUAAUUAAAUCGUAUCUGAAUUAUUGUUCUUCACUACACAUGACAAAAAAAAUUAGUUUUAGCUAAUAAAUUAUAUAUUGAUUUUACAAGUUACGUACGAAUAAAAAUAGAAGAUACAUAUACACAGUAUGCCAAAAUCAAAAAUACAUAAUCAUAUAGUAAGUAUAAUUUUAGUAAAAAGUGACCAGAACAAUAUAUGCAAUGUUGCACCAAUAUUUAGUCCAUAAAAACAUAUAUCUGUUGAAGAGAAGAUUCCACAUUGAAAAUAUGUAGAGGAUUUAAGUAAUAUAUAAAGGACUUCUGCCACACACUUACGGUCAAUUGGUUUUAAGUUGGAAGUCCAGUAAACUUGUCAUGGUAUCAGAGCGGACCCACGCACUGACCUAUUAAUCCGACCGAAAAGUGGUCCGAUCUUCCCACGAAUUGAUAGCCCAAAGAAAAUUCAACUUUUUCGAAAAAACUAAAAAAAGAAGCAUUAUCUCGGAGGGGUAUUGUGGAUUUUACGAGAUUAAUGGUUAUACGCACCAUUAUCUCGAGGGAAAGUGUUAGAGAAAAGAUCUUACAUUAGAAAUAUGUAAAGGACUUAAGUAAUAUAUAAGGGAUUUCGGACACUGCACUUACCGCCAAUUGGUUUUAAGUUGGAAUCCGGAAACUUGUCAAUAUGUAAUGACUUCAUUUAAAUGAUAAUGUUUUGAAUGACAUUUAAACUUCUGUUCUCAGAUUACCAAUGAUUUUAGUUAAAACGGUGCUAAACGAGUAAUAUAAACGGGUCUGCAGGUUCUUAGAAUAGCAAAAGACUAAACACGAGGCCAAUAAAGAACAAGACCCCCAAAAACAAAUGUUUUGAAGUAGCAAUCUCUUCCAUACACUCGGCUGAGUCAAACAAGACUAUCUUGUCUUGGGGGGUUGCGUUGGCUUUGUAGAUAGAUGCAUAAAUGAAACCGUAUAAGAGGGAGCUGACGGGUAUGUUUGUGAUGAGAAUGUUGUGGUUAGCACUUAACACUUGAGCGGGGCUGGAUUUGAAAUUUCGGGGAUCAUAAACAUUUUUUUAUUAAUCUUAAUAAUUUAUUUUGAUAAUUUAGAAGUCACACCACUUAUUUCUCUUAUUGAAACAGAAACAUUAGACCCAAUUUUUUUAAAAAAGAAUUUAAAUAAAAUACACCAUCUAUUAUAAAGUAAUUAUGAAAACAAUAUUAUACUACUAUUUUUGUUUCUAAACUAAUUAUAAUAUGAACCAAAUUACUAAGAAGAUAAAUUGCACAAACAAUUAUAAUAAUAUUAAUUAAGCCACAUAAGAUAAAUAUUAUACAAAUAAAAUGUCUAUUUAACACUAAACAACAUUCGAUUAAUUUAUAAAAUUUGUUUAAUCAAUUUAAAAUAAAAGUUUGGGGACUAACGAUCAUCCUUUUAUACCCUGAACUGGCUGUACACUUAUGCUCUGGAAACUAUUCAGGAAACUAAAACAACUUGGGAAAAAUAUAUGAACAAAAAUCAUGACUUUCUAAAUGAAACGAUUUUAGGUCUUGUAAAUGAUACUUCUCUUCACUGGCGUUUAGAAAUGUACUUUUCGAUUUGUAGAUAUAUUGACUGAAAUUUUUGAUGGGAAGCGUUAUGAGAGUCUAUGAAUUUUUGGGAAAGAAUAUACUCAUGUUUAUUUGAUUGAUUUGAAACACUCCACACGAAUGGAAGGAAAACAAUGAUGAUAGGAUGGUUGCAUAAACAAUCAUGACCGCAAAAUUUAAUUUCUAUUUUUCUAUUAAAAAAUAUAUGACGGACACAGAAUCUAGGUUUGCUAUUUUUGCCGACUAAAAUCUAGGCUUGCUAUAAAAAAAAAGAAAAAAAAAGAAGACGGCCUAUAACUCUCUUACAACUCCAAGGGGAAAACAAAACCCAAAUUAAAUAGUUUUGUCGGGAAAAGUAGAACAUGCCGAAGAAGAAAAUGCCCUCCCUCGCCAUUUGGUUACUCUACCUCGGUUUACUUUGGUUCGAUUCAUUUCCCGGUUUAGAAGCAGCGACCGGAAAACUAGCAUCGAUACCAGGAUUAUACGUGUUUGGAGAUUCAUUAGUUGAUGCCGGAAACAAUAAUUACUUACCAAUUUCCAUAGCCAAAGCUAAUUAUCCACGUAACGGCGUCGAUUUUCCUAAAAAGAAAGCCACCGGAAGAUUCUCUAACGGCAAAAAUGCCGCCGAUUUUAUCGCUGAGAAAUUUGGUUUGCCAUUACCGCCGCCGUAUCGCUCACUUAAAGGCGCACUAAAAGUCAAAAAGAGAGAAUCCGCGGCCUUGACCAGUUUGAAUUUUGCUUCAGGCGGAGCCGGGAUCUUCAACAGUUCUGACAAAAAACUUGGACAAUCGAUUCCUUUGUCACACCAAGUAGACGAUUGGCUAUCUAUUCAUAACGAAGUGACGGGUAAGCUUAGACCAGCCGAAGCACAGGUUCAUCUAUCCAAAUCUCUAUUCAUUGUGGUCAUAGGCAGCAACGAUCUUUUCGACUAUUAUGGAUCGUUCAAAACGCGAGAACAGAACAAUCCUCAACAAUAUACCCAAUCAAUGGCUGAUAAACUCAAAGAACAAUUGAAGAGAAUUCAUGAAACUGGAGCACGUAGAUUCCUAGUAGCCGGAGUUGCACAGAUUGGUUGCAUACCGGGGAAUAGAGACACGGACUCGGACCUCCACGAAUGCGACGAAGAGGCAAACAGGUCGUGCUCUUUGUAUAACGAAGCUCUAGUUAAGAUGUUGCAACAACUCAAACAAGAAUUGCAAAACUCAAUGAGUUACUCUUACUUUGACAACUUCAAGUCGUUGCAGGACAUUAACUCCAACCCUGCCCGUUUCGGUUUUACUGAGGUGACAUCAGCGUGUUGUGGAAGUGGAAAAUUAAACGCGGCUAGUCAUUGUCAACCAAUUUCUAAGUUUUGUCCAGACAGAACCAAAUAUCUCUUCUGGGAUCGCUUUGGUCAUCCCACGGAAGCUGCAUCUCGAACCUUCGUAGACCUUAUGUUAUCUAAUGAUUCACAAUACUCAUCUCCUCUAACUCUCACUCAACUGGCCUCUUCAUGAUGUUAAUAUGGGGCUUCGUUUUCCAAAGAUUAGAUCAUCAUAUAGAAAAUGGACUCUGAGAGUGGAGACUUAAAUACAAAUCAAAGUAUAUAUACAUACUAAAUUUGUUAGCAAUGUAAUAAAUUUUAUUAGUUUACUAGUGUUUCUCUCAAUAUUUUACUUGUCUAUUUUUGUUAUUAAAGUUGCUAAUUUCUCACUGUUUCAAAAAAAUAUUGAAAUUUUAAACAAAUGUAACUUUACACCCUGGUUUAUCAGCCUCAACAAUUGGGUUGUCACUAAAUUUGUACAUCAGUAACUAGUCCAUAGCUGCUCUUCUCCCAAAAAUCGAGACAAUUCCGAUCUCCAUGGAUCUUGAUGCCAGCGGUGUCUCUGGCCGUUGGCAUCUCCUUCUUCCCGGCUCCUUCUGCUACCGUUUCGCGCUUUCUUUUUGUCUUCGUCAUCGUCAUCGUCACCGACCUUUGCAGUAUGGACUCUCUAUACGCCUUCACUCAAACAAGUAGCACCGGAUCUACUUCAUUUGAGUACGAGCCCACCAUACCUCUGCCUUUCGCCUCUCUCCGCCACCGUGACCAAGUGCUGCAUUUCAUUGUUUUUACCGGUUCGACUCUGUUCCGAACGAUGCCCUGACCUUGCUCCAGAUCCGUGGGCUUCUUCACUCCAAGCCUCUGCUCCGUUGAACGUUUCUCCUCACCGUAUCCACUUCGUGGAAAUCCGUUUCUAUCAGUCGGGGGGGGGGGGGGUCCAUGUCCAACCAACAUCCCAGAUCCGUACGAGCUCUCAUAUGUGGUUGGACCGAGUGACCUCUCUCGAUGGGAUUGGGCUUCACGCUGUUCAUCGUAGUCUUCCCGGCAACACCUUAUCAGAGUCAACACAUUUCACCCACCCUCCUUGUGCGCCUCCCUUCCCUCUGCACCAGCGCGCAACAUCAUAGUGUUUGAUGUAGCUCCUCCACUGGCGCUUUGAAACCCCUCCGCAAGCCAUGUCCCGUCGUGUCGAUACACCUCACAGAUAUACUCUCCCUUGGUUAAGAUUAGGCCAUGCACAUGGUUGGGUUUACAAAGGUCCAUUUACCAAGCAUGUUCACAUAUCUUGGUCUUUUAAGCUUACAUUUACUAUACCAAGCAUUCUAGAUCUGUGUCCCCUUACAGAUGGCCUAUCCCUUGCAUCGUGGGCUCCGACCUUUCACUUAACAGUCACACCUUUGUCGCCGUUCCUCCGGUCACCUCCGACUCACAUAAUCGUUUUCUUGAUGGUUUAUAUCUGCAACGUCACCUAAACUCAUCAUUUCCCGACUCUGUCAACUGCUAUCCUUCAGAGGUUGUACCGACGACGACUUUUUGUGUAGUCCUAUUCUGGUAGCCUCUUCGCACCUCACUGGUCUCAACAUCGAUUUUGACUUCUUUGUGUUAUUUCGAACACGGAUUACAAGGAAAUAUUUUCUACGGGUUUUUUCUCUCUUUAGCCACUUUUAUCUUUUGUUAUGUUUUAGCUAUGUUAGCUUAUUAUAUCUCCGGUUAUAAUCAUCUUAGUCCGUGGGACGUUUAAUUUUAAUAUAACCAUUUGUUCAGAAAUAUAAAGUAACUAUUCCAUAAAUCAAAAGAUUGAAAAAGAGAGACAUAAUGAGCCAACUUAUUUAAAAAAGAAGAACUGAGCCAACUUCUUCAUGGCUUUGUUACAUUCUAUACGCCAGAUUAUCAGCUUGAUAUUGGAGAAAUCGUUCGUUCGACAAGUCUAAAAUAUCUUGUCGGAUUCGGAUGAAUUGUGAUAUAGGGCACGCAUUAAUAGUAUUAAAGCCCUGCUAUAAGUUAAAUCGUUUAUCUUUUGGACUUAGGGGAGUGUAUUCAACUGAGAAUUUUAGGUGAUUGUAUUAAAAUGACAAAUCCACUGUUAUUCAAACAUGAAUUUUAAAAACUCAUUUAAAAUCCACUGUUAUUGAACUUAACAAUUCGUUUAGCACUCUAAAAUCCACUGUUAUUGAAAAUAUUUUAAGUUAUGGAGUUUUAAAGUUUCCACGUGAUUUUAUGGUGUUUGGUUGGAGUUUCUUAGUUAAAAAAAAAAUUAAAACUCAAAUCUCAUGAUUUUAGGUUAUAUUCUAGAGUAGUUUAACAAAAAUCACAUAAAUUUCUGCAACUAAUUGAUAUCAUCUAAAACUUCAUUAAAAAUCAAAUCACCUCAAAUGUUAUAUUGAAUACAUCCCCUUAAUGCAAAAGUCUUCCAACAAAAAAACGAUGGAGCAACACGUACCUGUUUAAAGUGCACACUGUUUUAAACGAUGAAAGUGAUGUUGAUUGAUCCCAAUAUGAUCAAAAGUCAAAACCCAAACACUUGAUAAAGUAAUUUCUAUCUUCAAAGAUCAACUGGUUUCUACUCGUCCAUAAAAUCCACGGAAAUAGAGGUUGAGAUAGGCUUGAGCGAGGUUUUCAUGCACCCUUUUCCUGCCUUAUGAUUCACGGAGAAUGAUAUAUACCUAAACAGGUUAUCGGAUGGGUUUGAAAACACUUUAGAGAUCCUUCCAGAUAACACUUGUAAGCUUCAUUUGCACAAAUCACCGAACAUUUUUUAUACGUAAAAUUUCCUAUCAUCUAGAUUAAUUUGAUCUAAACUAAUCUAAUACUUCGAACAUUAAAUAAAUUAAUUUAUACAUUUAUAAGCCAUAAGCAUCAUUAAUCAAUUAACUUCUAAUCACUUUUAUUUACCUAAUCCUAAAUCUUAAAGAAAAACUAUUUACUAAUUUUCAUGACAAUGCAAAUAUCAUAAUCAUAUAUAUUGUUUAUAAUUUUUUAAGGACUUUCAUAUUAAAAAAUUUAGGGUUUCUGAAAAUUACAAAAGAAAAAAAUUCAAAUUUUAAAGGAAAAUAAAAAUAAGCAUACCAAAAAUCCCAACAAAAUGGGUCCGAUUGUUUUACAAAGUAUAGCUGAAAACCCCCACAAGCGGUCCAUCCUUAGACACGAAACUUUAGCAUCGCCUCACCAAAACUGGAGAUGCCACGAUGGCGCCAGAGAAAUUGGACUGCGAAGAAGCCACCACAUUGAUCGUCACCGGAGAUACACCACCGAAGAGCGUUAAAGGACCACUGACAAAGCAUUAUGAGGGGGAGCAAUGCCUGAAAAAGCACAACAACAGGAGAAGAUGAGAGUAAGGAUAUCGAUUCUAGAACUUUAACCUAAGACGGCCACCAGUAGCCCUCCAUUCAAGUACCCCGUCAUCCCCAAAGCGGGGUCUUACAAGACAGGGCCGGUGAGUCAAACAAACUCCACCUCAAGCAUCACCCCCACCAUCUUCAAUCAACAACAACGCUGACGAGCAGACCACCCUACUUCCACCGAUGACAAGAAGAAACGACACCACAGAGGGCAGCAAACGAAGACCCCUGAGGAAGCGAGCACCCGAAACCAUUCUCAUAGUGUCGGAACCGCAGAAGAGCCACCGCCUCCGGGAAACCACCAACCAAAGCAUGCAGUCGCCACCAAAUCGGCUCUGAUUUUAAAACAUAAUCGAGAGGAGAGAAACCAGAAAAAAAAAAUCAAAGAAAAGCAGAGCGCCCUUCCCCCACCGCUGGCCGGAAAAGCUAGGGACCGGAGGGGUGGAAAUCAAAAAGUCAACUUUUCGAUAAAGUUUCUAGAGAGAAGAGAAAGAGAGAACAUUUUUCUUUUGAAUUUUGUUUAUAACUAAGAUAAAAAUGUGGGAUUAACAAGAAAAAAACUAUAUAAUUUUUCAAAGACAUCUUAAAACAUGAGUUUUGAUUUACAAGAGACAAAAAAAAAACAAAUAAGAUUAAAAAUCAGAAAAUUAGGUUUAGAGCUUAUUUUUAUUGAAAGAAGUUAAUAUAUGAAAAGAUAGGUGAAAUUGUGUUUCAAAAAAAACAAGGAAAAGAUAGGUGAAAUGAUUGGUCGAUCAACGAUUGAUUAAAUACAUGUUUUCUUUAUUUGAUUUAAUGGUUCACUGGUUUGCAGACUGCUGCAUCAUGUCAUAUGGAUCAUCUAGGACGCUAGCAGUUUGGUCUUGGUCUGUGCAGGACCGGCUCAAUGGUGUCAAGGAUCCCGGAGAAAAAAAUUCUAUACUAUUAUUUUAAAAAAAUUGAUAGAUAUUUGUGUUUUUUUCAAAAUACCAGUAGUAUUUUUGAAAAUAAAUCUGUAAAAAUAAAAAAUACUUUCAUAUACAAAAUUUUUUGAACCUUUUCUUGUUUUUAAUAAAGAAAUAUAUGUAUUUUUUUUAGAUCGAAUCCUAUCUAUUAAAAAAUAGAGGGACAACAGAUUGGAGCCGGGGUGCUUAUCCCCCUAUCUAAGCCGACCCUGGGCCAGUGCACUCACCUUAGAGUCUAUCACUCGUUGGUCACCCUAACCAUUGGACAUUGUACCACUUUUCUUUCUUGUUUCUUCAUUUCCUUUCAAAAAUUCUCAAAGUAACCAUUUAAAAUCUUUAUAUACACAAAUAUAUGCAUGCUGCAUGCAGUAUUUUUUUAAUAAUAUCUAAAUGCAAAUUAACAACCUAAGAUAAGUAAACAAUAAUUAGCUAGAACCAUUAAAAAUGCAAAAUGUCAAUUAG